CAGCCUGAGUCACACAGCCAGUAAAUGGCAGAGCCAGGCUCUAGGUCUAUAUUCCUAACCUGGGGAUAAAGCAGCUUCCAGACCAGUCACACUGGCUCACUCCUGUUAUUCUAGCACUUUGGAAGUCUGAGGCGUGCAGAUUGCGUGAGCCCAGGAGUUCGAGACCAGCCUGGACAACACACUGAAACCCCAUCUCUGCAAAAAUACAAAAAAUUAGCUGGGAGUGGUGGUGCACACCUGUAGUCCCAGCUACUCGGGAGGCUGAGGCGGGAAGAUUGUUUGUGCCCAGGAGGUGGAGGUUGCAGUGAGCCAAGAUGGUGCCACUGCACUCCAGCCCGGGCAACAGAGCAAAACCCAGUCAGGAAAAAAAAAAAAAAAAAAGGCAGCUACCAAGCACACACAGGAAUUAACAAAAGUGUUUUCAGGUCAUCAAUCGUCAAUAUGUUCCUUAUGUAUCUGUUGCUAUACUACCAAAAUUGGGCAAAUAUUGCAAAGGAUGGUUUGAAUUUCUGAUGUUUUAUGUUAAUGGAAAUACUGUCUCAUGGAAACUAUAUAAGAAUGCAGAAAAUGCAAGAUCUGAGACCUCAGGAGGCCCCAGUAAACUGAACAAUCCUGUGGGACUCAGACAGAUCCUAAUUCAUCUCCUCUGAAAUCUUUUUUUUUUUUUUUUUUGAGACAGUCUUGCUCUGUCGCCCCAGCCUGGAGUGCAGCGGAGCGAUCUCGACUCACUGCAAGCUCCGCCUGCCGGGUUCACGCCCUUCUCCUGCCUCAGCCUCCUCAAUAGCUGGGACUACAGGCGCCCGCCACCACGCCAGGCUAAUUUUUUGUAUUUUUAGUAGAGACCAGGUUUCACCGUGUUAGCCAGGAUGGUUUCGAUCUCCUGACCUCAUGAUCCUCCCGUCUCGGCCUCCCAAAGUGCUGGGAUUACAGACCUGAGCCACUGCGCCCGGCUGAAAUCUUUACUAUUGUUUCAUACGGUGCUAAAUAAAGGAAGUGAGGCACGUCUACUUCCAGGAGUUUCCAGUUGUGUGGUCUGGGUUUGGUUCUCACCGAGGCUCAGGUCUACGCAAAGUCACCACAUUAAACAUUUUGGUCAGACUUUUAAAAGCGCCACAGUAUUUUAAUAUUGAUCUCUGGGGAUGCCCCAAACAAACAAGCAAAUGCAACUUUUUUUUUUUUUUUUUGAGACGGAGUCUCGCUCUGUCGCCCAGGCUGGAGUGCUGUGGCGCUAUCUCGGCUCACUGCAAGCUCCAUCGCCCAGGUUCACGCCAUUCUCCUGCCUCAGCCUCCCGAGUAGCUGGGACUACAGGUGCCCGCCACCACGCCCGGCUAAAUUUUUUGUAUUUUUAGGAGAGGUGGGGUUUCACCAUAUUCGCCAGGAUGGUCCCGAUCUCCUGACCUCGUGAUCCGCCCACCUCGGCCUCCCAAAGUGCUGGGAUUACAGGCGUGAGCCACCGCGCCCAGCUGCAAAUGCAACUUUUUAAGGAUCAAUGAAUGAACUUCUUUCAGGUGAAGCGUUUUAGUACCAACUCAGUUUUAAGCUGAUUUUUAACAUUCUCCUUCGCAGGCCUUCCCACCUCCGUCUUUGAGAGGCAAUUUCCCAAGGCAGGACCUUGCCGCGUGGCCCACUGUAUGUUUCCUAGCUACUGGACAGCUGGCUCUAUAGACGCUUCCGUGUACAUAAAUUCAGUCAUUCUUUUCUCAAAACAUAGAGUAAACCUCUGAUUUGAAAGAAAGACUCAAGCCUUAGAUACACAAAUAUCCUGCAAUCUAGAAGUCAAACGGGAGUGGAAGCUUUCAUGUCUUAGAGGCUAGAACCUGGAAUAACAGUACCCCCAGCAGACUUACCAUGAAGGGCUCUGUCCGUGUGUGCACAACUUCCCAGGCCUGAAACGUGUGCAGCAAGGAUGUCCUCAAGGGGCUCUUGUGCGCGUUGCCCUGCACCCAUGGUCCCCACAGCCGGACCAGCUCCACACACAGGGAAGGAUGGAAAGGACACCCAGAGCCAACCUGGCCCUGGGACCUCCCCUCCUGGCUUUCACGGCUCCUCAGAUUGGGUCAGUCACACGGAAAGGAUUUUCUGGAAGGAGCGCACCAGAAUUUCUGUUCUGGAAAGACGGAAGGCAGAGCUGAGUUCAUUGCUUAUGGAGGGGAGAGAAUAGCCCCUGCACAGAGCCUCCAGCGCGGCUGCCAGGGGAAGUGGAGAGGCUAGGAUCUCACUGAGAAUUUCAAGAUUGGUUUAAGGAGGGCCUUUCAAUGCAGGGGCUUGCUUGGGAUUGGGGGAAAUCAUGAUAUAGUAGUUUCAGGUUGGUGGAAACAGCUAGGCGAGGGGUUUGAAAUGUCUCAGGUGUGAAAUGUCUGUUGAUGCUUCUAUUAAAUAAAGCUCGCCUAUUAAAGAGUUGAUGGGCGUCUUGGGAAAUUCCUGUAAUAAACAAUGAAGUUAUUUGCCUGGGCAAGAGUCUCUUGGAAUAGUAAAGUUAUUGUACCAAAGACAAUGGGAGAAAAAAAGUCAUGUUAAUGCAGACAAUAAACUUGGGGGUGGAAGGGGAUAGUUUCUGCCUCAAUCUGACUAGUCAUUAGGCCUAAAGACCUGAGGGCUAGGACACAUGUCAAGUAUCUUUCAAUACAUUUAAAAAGUUAAAAAUUCGGAGGUAGGAGCGAUGUCGGCUGGGAACGCCUGGCGCGCCGCACUCUUCUGGGGGCCCCGCCGCCGCCGCGCACAGUCAGCGCUGGCCCAGCUGCGUGGCAUUCUGGAGGGGGAGCUGGAAGGCAUCUGCGGAGCUGGCACUUGGAAGAGCGAGCGGGUCAUCACGUCCCGUCAGGGGCCGCACAUCCGCGUGAACGGCGUCUCCGGAGGAAUCCUUAACUUCUGUGCCAACAACUACCUGGGCCUGAGCAGCCACCCUGAGGUGAUCCAGGCAGGUCUGCAGGCUCUGGAGGAGUUUGGAGCUGGCCUCAGCUCUGUCCGCUUUAUCUGUGGAACCCAGAGCAUCCACAAGAAUCUAGAAGCAAAAAUAGCCCACUUCCACCAGCGGGAGGAUGCCAUCUUCUAUCCCAGCUGUUUUGACGCCAAGGCCGGCCUCUUUGAGGCCCUGCUGACCCUGGAGGACGCAGUCCUGUCGGACGAGCUGAACUGCCUCCAUCAUCGACACCAUGCCUCCAUCAUCGACGCCAUCCGCCUGUGCAAGGCCCACAAGUACUGCUAUCGCCACCCGGACAUGGCCGACCUAGAAGCCAAGCUGCAGGGGGCCCAGAAGCAUCGGCUGCGCCUGGUGGCCACUGAUGGGGCCUUUUCCAUGGAUGGCGACAUCGCACGCCUGCAGGAGAUCUGCCGCUUCGCCUCUAGAUAUGGCGCCCUGGUCUUUGUGGAUGAAUGCCAUGCCACUGGCUUCCUGGGGCCCACAGGACGGGGCACAGAUGAGCCGCUGGGUGUGAUGGACCAGGUCACCAUUAUCAACUCCACCCUGGGGAAGGCCCUGGGUAGAGCAUCAGGGGGCUACACGACAGGGCCUGGGCCCCUGGUGUCCUUGCUGCGGCAGCGCGCCCGGCCCUACCUCUUCUCCAAUAGUCUGCCACCUGCUGUUGUUGGCUACGCCUCCAAGGCCCUAGAUCUGCUCAUGGAGAGUAACACCAUCGUCCAGUCUAUGGCUGCCAAGAUCCAGAGGUUCCGUAGUAAGAUGGAAGCUGCUGGCUUCACUAUCUUGGGAGCCAGUCACCCCAUCUGCCCUGUGAUCCUGGGUGAUGCCCGGCUGGCCUCUCGCAUAGUGGAUGACAUGCUGGAGAGAGGCAUCUUUGUCAUAGGGUUCAGCUACCCCGUGGUCCCCAAGGGCAAGGCCUGGAUCCGGGUACAGAUCUCAGCAGUGCACAGCGAGGAAGACAUUGACCGCUGCGAGGAGGCCUUCGUGGAAGUGGGGCGACUGCACAGGGCACUGCCCUGAGCUCUGAGUAAGGACGAGAAGAGCCAAGGUCCACCUACUGCCACAGGGUCAAAGGAGGUUUUUGAUCAGCCCAGACCAGAGGCUCUGAGCCCUGAACCAAAGUCCCAGAGCUGGGCUGGGAUGUGGCCUGUGCUGAGGGCUGUGAGAAUGUGAAACAACAGUGUGAAAAUUGGCUGUGGCAAAAAAAAAAAAAGUUAAAAA